AUGCCCGGGAUUUUACAUUUCUUGCAAACGGAAUGGGCUCGUUUCGAGAUGGAACGUUCGCAAUGGGAAGUUGAAAGAGCCGAACUUCAAGCUAAAAUAGCAUUUUUACAAGGUGAAAGGAAGGGCCAAGAAAAUUUAAAACAAGAUUUAGUAAGAAGAAUUAAAAUGUUAGAAUUUGCUCUAAAACAAGAAAGAGGUAAAUAUCACAAGUUGAAAUAUGGUACCGAAUUAAAUCCAGAAGAUUUAAAACCUCCUGUUUUUGACAAGAAAAAUGAAGAUGAAGUAGACAGUACUGAGAUGUCGCUUUCAAAUUCUUCAACAACCAAUAUCAAUACAUCGUGGAGACAAGGUAGACAACUCUUACGACAAUAUCUACAGGAAAUAGGUUAUACAGAUACUAUAAUAGAUGUACGCUCAGCUAGAGUGAGGUCGUUACUAGGGAUACAACCUCACUCUGGAGACGAUCACGAGUUACAGUCAGGCCUAGUUAAUGGUGAACCACAACAUAAUAACAGAAAUGACAUCAGUAAAAGAAGUGAGAAUGCUGUCAUGACAACGUUUGAUUUCCUCCAAUCAGAACAUGUCGUAGAUGAUGAAGAUGAUAACCUGAGGACAGGUAAUGAAAGUAUGGCUGGUAUAGAAGAUGUAUUAGGUGAUGCCGAGACGGAGGAAGCACUAGCAGAGUUUGAUUUCCUGGUAUCGGAGAGUGGAGAGGGCGCUGGGGAAGCUCGAAGCCAAGGUGACGGUAUGCCGUGGGCUAAGAAAGAAAAAAACGAAGAAUGGGUCGUUAAUCACAACCAUCUGUCAAAAUUGAAAGAACAGUAUAAACAAGAGAGGAAAGGAAAGAAGACUAGUAGACCAUCCAGAUCAUCAUUACAAGCAAUGUUGGCCAACCUGAGCAGCUCGGAUGAUGAUAGCCCAAAUAACAGUCCGAAUAGUUCACCACGGGCUGACAAAUCAAGUUCAUUUAAUAAUCAGACACCAGAUGUCACUGAUGAGUUUGGAGCUGAAGAAGAUGCGUUAGAUGCAGCGUUAGGAUUAGGAGAAUUAGCAGGAUUAACAGUAACAAAUGAGGCUGAUCCAUUAAGUUAUGAUAUUGCAGCACCAAAAGAAGUGUUUAGAAAAACCUGGAAUGCUAAAUACACAUUACGUAGCCAUUUUGAUGGUGUUCGAGCGUUAGCGUUCCAUCCUGUAGAACCAGUCUUAAUAACAGGUUCAGAAGAUCACACGCUUAAAUUAUGGAACUUACAGAAAACAGUACCUGCUAAAAAAACAGCGUCACUAGAUGUAGAACCAGUAUAUACAUUUAGAGCCCAUGUUGGACCUGUAUUAUGUAUAGCUAUUAGUGGUGAUGGUGAACGUUGUUAUAGUGGUGGUAUGGACUCUACAAUAAGAUGUUGGAAUAUACCUAAUUCUAAUAUAGACCCUUAUGAUUCUUAUGAUCCUAGUGUGUUACAAGAUACAUUACGAGCUCAUACAGAUGCUGUAUGGGGUUUAUCGAUACAUAGUAGUAAAUCUCAGUUAUUAUCGUGUUCAGCUGAUGGUACCGUGAGAUUGUGGAAUCCUGGUACUAAAUCACCUUUACUCAAUACUUUCACUGUAGAUACAGAUGAUGGGGUAGCUACUAGUGUAGAUUUUGUACGCUGUGAUCCCAGUCAGAUGGUGGCUAGCUAUACAUCCAGUCAUACCUAUAUAUUUGAUAUUGAAACUGGUAAACAAGUUAUUAAACUAGAAACUAAACUUAAUUCUGAUUCCAGUUCAUCGAAUCAAAUUAACCGAGUUGUCAGUCACCCUACUCUUCCUUUAACUAUAACAGCACAUGAAGAUAGACAUAUAAGAUUCUUUGAUAACAAUACAGGUCAAAUAGUACAUUCUAUGGUAGCACAUUUAGAUUCUGUAACAUGUUUAGCAGUAGAUCCAAAUGGUUUAUAUUUAUUAUCAGGAAGCCACGAUUGUUCAAUAAGAUUAUGGAAUUUAGAUAGUAAAACUUGUGUACAGGAAAUUACUUCUCACCGUAAAAAAUUUGAUGAAUCUAUACACGAUGUAGCCUUUCACCCACAGAAACCCUAUAUAGCUAGUGCUGGUGCCGACGCGCUGGCCAAAGUUUUUGUAUGAAACAGUAUACUCUAGAUUUUAGGAAUAAAUUUAAAACUAUUUGUUUUGCUGGUUUGUUGAGAUAACUAAGGUAGAAAUGAUGUUGUGUUUCUGUGUCCCUCCAUUCUUCAUCAAUCUAGCCGUCAAAUUCUAUAAAAAUCUUGUGUGGACUCUCUUAAAUAAAGUAACGAAACUGGAAUCCAGAGUACAGUUGCAGGAAGUUGGUGCUCUGAAAUCAGAGUAUUCUUACCGGACUGGUCAAAGUGCUAAGAGGACUAAAGCAACAGCUGGAAAAGGAAUGACAUUGGAAUUGACCAUCUCAUCCAGAACUUGACAAUGAAUUGAAAAGAUCUUUUACAAGAGUAGUACAGUAAACCUCUCUAAAGCUCUACCAGAAUGCUAUAUCAGGAAGGCACAUAAUCAUGCAUGAUUCAAGUCUGAGAAAGAGAGCUCUGAAAUAGUACCUUAAAUUUUUGGAAUAUGAGCUUAGUUUUUCUAAGGCAUCGAUGUUCAAAGAUAUAUGCCUUGCGUAAGAGAGAAGGUACGACUGGGGCUUCCUGCUGAUUUCCUUGCCAUGACUUUAGAGAGAGAGUAGAGAUACAUGUAGAAACCUGCUCUGUGACAUAGAGACCAGGUGAGCCAGAGUCCAGCCUCAAAUUUUAUCGCACCAAUAUUAAAUAAAUGGCAAAACAUCAAGAAUGGCAAUCCAUACAAACCAGACCACAAUUAGAUCAUACAUCAAGCAAUAACAUAGAAGGAUGCAAAGGGAGAGAACUUUAAGAAGAUAGGUACAGAAUUGGCAGUCUUGACAAAUUAAUUCUACUCUUAGACAGUCUUGAAAUUUCUUUUUUCUACCAAACUAGCUGAUAUUUCUGGAUAGUAAAAGCACAAAGAAUAAAAUCAUGAGCAUUAUUCAGAAUUUCUAUUUCUUGGUUAAUGAAUUUAUUGUAAGUUGUAAAACUUAUGACUAGUAUAUCCUAACAAUAGAAUAAUGUAUUUUUGGCUCUUUACAGUUCAAGAACAAUUAAAUUCUUGUAUUAAAAAAUGAAGGACCAUAACUUAGCAAAUAAAGUAAAAAAACCUGUCAUAUCAAUCACAAUUUUCUGUAUCUUUCU